AUGGAUCUCCCACAAAGAUGUUCCUUCAGCCAACCUGCCCUCUUAAUAUUCCUCUACAUAUUUGGCCUCCUGUCCCUCUCUACAUUCUUGCACCUAUAUGACAAGAUGCCAUAUCAGCGGUGGAGGAUCAGCUUCGAGAAUGAAUUCAAUUUCCCAGGGAUGGGACAUCCUGCUUCCCUCAAUGCCACCACCUCUUCUUCUCACUCUUCCUCUAAGAUCAUGGAUAGUGGUAUAUGGACAGUGAACUCCAUUGGCCGUUUGGGAAACCAGAUGGGGGAAUAUGCCACCCUCUAUGCCUUAGCCAAGAUGAAUGGACAUCAAGCCUACAUCUAUCCAGCCAUGCACCAGUACCUUUCACCAAUAUUCCGGAUCACUUUGCCUGUGAUCAAUGCUGAAGUGGAGAAAAAGAUCCGCUGGAGGAACUUUGGUCUUCAUGAUUGGAUGUCAGAGGACUAUAAACACAUCAAAGGCAAGUACGUCCGGCUGACGGGCUACCCAUGUUCUUACACUUUUUAUCACCAUAUCCGUCAAGAGAUACUUCAGCAGUUCUCCUUCCAUGACCACAUCAAGGAAGAAGCCAAUCAAUAUCUUCAGGAGCUAAGGGGGCAGCGCCAGGAGGUGACAUAUGUUGGAGUGCAUGUCCGCAGAGGGGAUUAUGUCCAUGUGAUGCCCAAGAUCUGGAAAGGUGUGGUGGCUGACAGAGGAUAUUUGGAGAAAGCCAUGAACUAUUUCAGAGAGAAGUACCACAAUCCCAUCUUUGUGGUGACCAGCAAUGGGAUGGAGUGGUGCAAGAAAAACAUCAAUGCCUCCAGGGGGGAUGUUUAUUUUUCUGGGGAUGGGCGGGAGUCCUCUCCAGGGAGGGAUUUUGCUCUCCUUGCUCAUUGCAACCACACAAUAAUGACCAUAGGCACUUUUGGCAUCUGGGCCGGUUACCUGGCUGGUGGGGAGACCGUCUACUUGGCCAACUACACCCUCCCAGACUCUCCCUUCCUUAAGGUCUUCAAGCCCUCGGCAGCGUUUUUGCCCGAAUGGAUUGGGAUCGCAGCGGACCUUUCCCCUCUGCUGCCCAAGGAACCUCCCCAAGUCCAGAAGCCAGAAGCUGUGAGAGUGGUCACCAGCACUCCUGACAGGGGGCUCAAAGACCUAGCUUUGUCAAACACAUCGAUCCCUCCUCUUUUAAACCUCACUUUGCGGUAA